AUGAAGAACCUCGCAUCCAUUCUCUCUUUACUCGCCAUUUCGACCAGUUCGGUCUCCGGCCUUGCCCUUCCUACAAGGAUAGAUGACCUCACAGCUCGAGCACCAAACCCAGCUAUCGAAGUGAUCCAACUCGGUGGAGCCGGCCAAAACCGGGGAGCUCAAGUUGCAUCCGCUCAAAAUGUAGCUGAUGCAAAUGAAGCACAGAAUGGAAAGAAGAACAAGGGGCAGGCAGCUGCCAAUGCAGCAAAUGCAAAUGAGGCUAAUGCAAAUGAGGCUAAUGCAAAUGCUGCUAAUGCCAAUGCGGCCGAUGCAAAUGCUGCUGACGCAAAUGCAGCAAAGAAGGGGAAGAAGAACAAGGGGCAAGCAGCUGCCAAUGCAGCAGCCGCAAACCAAACUGCCGUAGCCGAAGGGGCAGCCGCUGCAAAUGGAACUGCCGCCGCUAAUGGAAAGAAGGGCAAGGGUAAAAAAGGUGCCAAUGCAGCAGCCGCAAACCAAACUGCCGUAGCCGAAGGGGCAGCCGCUGCAAAUGGAACUGCCGCCGCGGCUGGCAAGAAGGGGAAGGGCAAAGCCAAGGGUGCUGAAAACGCAGCCGCAGCCAACGGGACUGCAAACGCUGCUGGUAAUGGGAAUGGUGCCGCCGGCAAGAAGAACAAGGGAGAGGCUGCCAAUGGUAAUGCAAAUGGUGCAGCAGCCAACAACGCUGCAUCCAACAACGGUGCAUCCAACAACGGUGCAUCCAACAACGGUGCCUCAAACAAUGGAGCCGCUGACAUAAGUAACGUUAUUGAGCAACUGACAGGCCUCAAGAUUGGAAACCUUCGCCGCGAUGUUCCCCAACUUCUUAAGGUCCGCAAACAGAAGAAGGCUGCCGCGGCCGGUGCUGCAGAUGGUGCUGCUGCUGCAACUGCUGCCAAGAAGGCUAAAAAGGCCAAGAAGGCUAAGGCCGCUGCUGCUGCAACUGGCGCCGACGCUGCGACCGCCGCCAAGAAGGGCAAAAAGGCCGCUGCUGCUGCUUCCGCAGAUGCUGCUGCUGCAACUGCUGCCAAGAAGGGCAAAAAGGCCGCUGCUGCUGCUUCCGCAGAUGCUGCUGCUGCAACUGCUGCAACUGCUGCAAAGAAGGGAAAGAAGGGCGCUAAAUCCGCUGCUGCUGCUGCCGCUGCCGCUACUCAGGCUCCUGCGGAGGGUGUCAACCCAGCUGCAUCAAAUGGAGCUAAGGGAAUUGCUGCCGCCGCUGAAGCACAAUCUGCUGUCGACGCUGCCGCGGCAGGAACCGCAGUUGCCGGCGCCAAUGCCGCCGCAGCCACCGCCGCUACUGGAAAGAAAGGCAAGAAGGGAGCAAAGGCCGCCGCGGCAUAA